UUGAUGUUUUCUCCAUCUCCAAAUAUAUAUGCAUUCUGCCUCUUAGUCUGUAUAUUUGUUACCUUUUUAUACCUGUGUUUGUUAAUGUUCAUCUAACUUUACUUAGGCAUGUAUAUGUUUAUUGUUAUUGUUCAGUCAUUCAUUUGUGUCUGACUCUUCAUGGGAAACCAAGUGCUCUUUUUGCAUUGUUUUUCCUUUGGUGGCAAAGAAACCCACUAAAUAUACAUACAAUCUUUGCCCAAACUAUUUGAUGACUAUUUCUAAGAUACUGACCAGGAUUGGGUUGAAUUCUGUGUGAAACACUGUUUUUCUCUGUGUGAAGCUAACUGGUUCAUACAGGUAUAAAAUACACAACCUUGGCCUCAUUAGCAGCAUGUUCUAACCAGUUAAAUUAACCAGCUACAGAUGAGUUAGGGAUAGGCAAAUAGGAAACAUAUGGUGUAAAUUUCCUUUGAAAUGCGUCUGGAAAAGGCUUGACAAAAUAUAUUUGAGAUUAAACCAAACAAAAACAUUUGAAAAAGUCAUUAAGAUAUGUUCAGAUCCCAAAUGCAAACAGGUUAGGUCAUGCCUAGAAGCCAUGCACAGUUAUGUUCUCUCAUCUUUCUCUGGAAGUUUUAUUUUGUUGUUGUUUUUUAAGUAUUCUUAUUUUCCCAAGGGCUCUAUCUUUUCUUUUGUUCUUUUGUUUUUACCAAUAUAAUGUCCUAAACUUUGAUGUUCAUAGUAAUUUGUGGAGCAGAAGACAGGCAAGUACUGAUUGACUUCAUCCCAUUGGGAUUCCUAGAUGCAGAGGAAUCCACUUUCUACGAAAAAAGAAAACUUGGUAGAUGAUAGCAGCUUGAGAUUUCUCUAUAAUCUAUGAGAAAUGAAUAGUGAGAAUGUUUGCGUCUAUUUCUUACCUUUUUCCUGUUCUUCUCACUUCUAGUUCCUGUCCUUCCUGUCUGGAUACAUAUCCCUGCACUGUCUUGCUUAUUGCCUAUAAUAUAUGUGGCAUUUUAAUUUUGUUUUAUCAGACUGUUUCCUUAUUUACCAUGUUAUACAUUAAAAAUUGAUUGUCUUACUGGGUGGGAGAUGGAUUAAAUUUCUUCUGUAUAUCCCCAUAGGGCCUUUGAAAUUGAAAAUUCAUAUCAUAAAAAAUUCAUAAUCAGUCAUAUAAAACUUCUUAAUGAUUGGAACCAUCCAAAGGUGGAAUGGAUUCUUUCUUAUUGGAGGCCUUCCAACAGAGACUUCAUGACCUCUUGUUGGGGAGGUAGUAGAGGAUUACUUUUCAGGAUGGCAUGGACUAGAGGAUUGCUUGAUAAAUUCUUUCCAACCCUAAAUGUUGUGCUCCUAGAUCUAACCUAUUUCUUAACAAUUAUGAAGGACAAGGUCUUUUGGUUUGUUUUUAAGUUUAAAAAGUUCUUUAUCCAUCCUACAUAAAGUAAACAUAAUUGUUGCUUUCUUUUACUUUUUAAGUUUUAUUGAUUUUUUUUUUUUACUUUACUGCCACUUCCUAGAAACUAACUCUAGAAUCCUCCCUUGAAACAAAUAAAAACAGAUAAACAAAACCCAAUAUGUUGACAACAUCAACCAUAUGUACAUCAGUGCAUUGGAAUCAUGGAAUCCUGUAGCCAUUUUUAAAAUAAAUGAUUUAUAUAGAGAGAUAAAGAGAAAGAGAUUGUCUGCCUUUAUUUAUAUUUUGACUUUAAGCUGAUUAGCAAAACCUCACAUGUUUCUCAUGUUUUUGUUUUUCCAGACUAGUUUAUUAAGAAAAAAAAAAAAGAAUCUGAAGUUCACUUUAAAAAUCUUGUAAUAUUUUCACAGUAUUCGCCAUUACUGAAUUGGUGCAUUGCUGAGUCCGUUGAAAGUGUUAUGCAUUGCAUUUGAGGUCCUCCAAGGAUUGCAGUAUAUGAACCAGCAUGGAAUGGUCCAUCGAGCCCUAUCCCCUCACAACAUUCUGUUGGAUCAAGAGGAACAUAUUAAACUGGCUAAAUUUGGACUUUAUCAUAUGACAGCUCAUGGUGUAGAUGUUGAUUUUCCAAUUGGGUACCCAUCUUACCUGGCACCUGAGGUCAUUGCACAAGGAAUCAUCAAAACCAGUGACCACACAUCAAGUGAAAAACCAUUGCCUUCUGGCCCCAAAUCUGAUGUAUGGUCCCUUGGAAUUAUUUUAUUUGAACUUUGUAUGGGAAGAAAGUUGUUUCAGGGCCUGGAUAUUUCCGAAAGGCUAAAGUUUUUGCUUACAUUAGGUUGUAUGGAUGAUACUUUAACAGUCUUGGCUGAGGAACAUGGUUGUCUGGACACUAUAAAGGAGCUCCCUGAAAAUAUAAUAAAUCUGUUGAAGAAAUGCCUCACUUUCCACCCUUCUAAGAGGCCAACUCCAGAUGAAUUACUACAGGACAAGGUAUUCAGUGAAGUGUCACCUUUAUAUACACCCUUCCACAAACCUGCCAGUCUAUUCUCAUCUUCUUUAAGAUGUGCUGAUUUAACUCUGCCUGAAGACAUUAGUCAACUAUGUAAAGAUGCUGACAGUGAUUACCUAGCAGAAAGAUCAAUUGAAGAAGUUUAUUACCUUUGGUGUUUAGCUGGAGGAGAUUUGGAGAAAGAGCUUGUCAACAAGGAAAUCAUUCGCUCCAAACCACCUAUCUGCACGCUCCCCAACUUUCUAUUUGAAGAUGGUGAGAGCUUUGGGCAAGAUCGUGAUAGAAGUUCACUUUUAGAUGAUACCACUGUGACAUUGUCACUCUGCCAGCUAAGAAAUAGACUAAAAGAUGUUGGCGGAGAAGCAUUUUACCCAUUGCUUGAGGAUGACCAGUCCAAUUUACCUCAUUCAAACAGUAAUAAUGACUUGUCUGCAGCUGUCACUCUUCCUUUGAUCAUCCGAGAGAGAGACACAGAGUACCAGCUCAACAGAAUUGUUCUCUUUGACAGGCUACUGAAGGCUUACCCAUACAAAAAAAAUCAAAUCUGGAAAGAAGCCAGAGUUGAUAUUCCUCCACUCAUGAGAGGUUUAACCUGGGCUGCCCUCCUAGGAGUUGAGGGUGCCAUUCAUGCCAAGUAUGAUGCUAUUGAUAAAGACACUCCAAUUCCUACUGACCGACAAAUUGAGGUGGAUAUUCCACGCUGCCAUCAGUAUGAUGAGUUGUUGUCAUCUCCUGAGGGCCAUGCAAAGUUUAGGAGGGUAUUAAAGGCUUGGGUUGUUUCCCAUCCAGAUCUUGUGUAUUGGCAAGGUCUUGAUUCUCUCUGUGCUCCAUUCCUGUAUUUAAAUUUUAACAAUGAGGCUCUUGCUUAUGCUUGUAUGUCUGCUUUUAUUCCAAAAUACCUAUAUAACUUCUUUUUGAAAGACAACUCUCAUGUCAUACAAGAGUAUCUGACAGUAUUUUCUCAGAUGAUUGCAUUCCAUGACCCAGAGCUGAGUAACCAUCUCAACGAGAUUGGCUUUAUUCCAGACCUUUAUGCCAUUCCUUGGUUCCUCACCAUGUUUACCCAUGUUUUUCCAUUACACAAGAUUUUUCAUCUCUGGGAUACAUUACUGCUAGGAAAUUCUUCUUUCCCAUUCUGCAUUGGAGUAGCCAUACUCCAGCAACUACGAGACCGGCUCUUAGCUAAUGGCUUCAAUGAGUGCAUUCUGCUCUUCUCUGACUUACCAGGAGUAGAAAUAAUAUUGAAGACAACAAAGAUGGGAAGAUUAUCUGAGAUAGAACAAGUCAGCACAGAAGAGGCCCAUGCUGAAGAAAUUGACAUCGAGCGUUGUGUCCAUGAGUCAAUCAAUUUGUUCUGCUGGACUCCAAAAAGUGCUACUUAUAGACAACAUGCACAACCACCCAAACGAUCUUCUGACAACAAUGGAGUGAGAAAUUCCCUGCCUUAUUUUUCUGCUGAGUCUCAGGAUGCUCCCAAGACAAAUCUGUCCAGAGAAUCUAUCCAGCUGAAUGACCUGAAGUCAGAAGUGUCACCACGGAUAUCAGCAGAGGAUCUGAUUGACUUGUGUGAGCUGACUGGCACAGGGCAUUUCAAAACGCCCACCAAGAAAACAAAAUCCAGUAAACCCAAGCUGCUGGUGGUUGAUAUUCGAAACACUGAAGAUUUUAAUAGAGGCCACAUUUCAGGCAGCAUCAGCAUUCCUUUCAACUCUGCAUUCACCACAGAAGGGGAACUCUCCCAAAGCCCUUCUACUGCCAUACUCCAGAAUUUCAAAGGGAAGGUUAUUGUCAUUGUGGGAAAUGUGACAAAACAUACAGCAGAGUUUGCAGCUCAUCUUGUGAAGAUCAAAUAUCCAAGGGUCUGUAUCUUAGAUGGAGGCAUUAAUAAGAUUAAGCCAACAGGCCUGCUCACUGUCCCAUCACCACAAAUAUGAAGAAGUGCAGAUGUCAAGAAAGUCUCCAUGUCAAGUGAUAAAAUAAUGCCAGAAGUAUAUAUGUAUACCGUGACAGAUCUCUCAGGGUUAUCACUUAGCAACAAUAUCAGUGAUCCAAAUUAUAUUAUUUCCCUGAGAUUCUGUCAUGCAGAACUGGUUUAUUUUUUUUUAAUUGCAUGAUUCAAAUGUUCAUCUGUCAACAGACUUGACUGUACAAGUAUCUCAAAAAGAAUUUUAUUAGUAAGGAAAUCUGAUCAUGGACUUUUAUGAUGUUACCACAAAAUGUUAGAGGACUUCAUCUGAUAACAGCUAAAAUCGGCACUGUCAAGGAAUUCUAGCCUAGCAGUGAUAUCACCACUCCUUGACAAAUGGUCUUAAAGAACAUUAUUUUGUAAAUACAAGUGUUAAGUGACAAGCUGACAAUAUACUGUUCCUGUGUUUAUGUUAAUUUGGAAACUUCCCAGUUAUUCUUUGUUAAUAAAAUCUUCAUUUUAUGAUCAAAAAUUAA